AUGCGUGCCGUUCCGCGCAUUACAACCCCAUACUGCAGUAACGCCGUGCGACAAUCACUACUGCUCCAAACUCGCCAGUUUAGCUUGAGCUGUGUCCACAGAAACGACAAUGGCAGCAGCACGGCAUUGAAUCCGAGGUGGUUUGCCGAUUUGCGGAGCCGUAUCAAGGCUUGUCUUGCUGCCAAUCCGCAAGGGGAAGACGGUGCGAAAUUGAAGCAGUAUCUUGAGUUUGUGGAUAGCAAUUGGUUGGAGUUGUCUGCUGGGAGGGAGGGAUUCCUCACGGCGGAGAGAUGGAGAGGAUUGAAUAAGUUUGCUGUGGCUUGGGGCGAUAUGGAUAGCAUGGGUACGCUGCCAAUGUCUCGUCACGUCAAUAACAUCAUGUAUAAUCGAUACGCCGAGUCCGGCCGCGUAAACUGGAUCACUUCGUUCGCAGCAUUCGCGCCGCCAGACGAACGCCAGCAGUGGGUGGACAUUAUGAGCCCUCGGGGUAUUGGUCUCAUAUUAAAGAGUAUUAAAACAGAUUACAAACUUCCCGUUGCCUACCCCGACAAAAUUACAGUCAUCCACAAGCUAGCCCAACGACCGACACACACUUCAGACAGCAUCUUUCUCGCCGCAGUGAUUUACUCAGAAGCACAUAAGCGCGUUGCCGCACGAUGUUUCGAAGACAUCGCAAUAUACAAUUAUAGAGCAGGGAAACGAGCAACAUUAAAGGGGUUCAUGGUGGACGAAUUACAAAAGAUAUACGACCUACAGGAGAAAAGCAGGCUAGAGGUUGACGAGAAAGUCAACGAGCUAGAGCAAGGUGUCAAGAUGAUAGAGGAGAAAGCGUGA